AUGUCUCGUAACAUCGUGGUCCUGGGAGCUGGUGUUUCGGGCUUGACCACUGCAUAUCUGCUAUCUCAAGACCCGUCAAAAAAGAUCACAGUAGUAGCGAAGCAUAUGCCUGGCGAUUACGAUAUUGAAUAUGCUUCUCCAUGGGCUGGUGCCAACUACUUGCCUGUCGGAAAGAAAGGAACCCCGCAUCAGAGCUGGGAGCGAAGUACCUGGCCUGUAUUGAAAAAGAUCGCUGAAAAUCACCCAGAAGCGGGCAUACAUUUUUUGGAUGCUAUCGUGGAGAACCGUGUCAAGGACAGGCAGUCGACCACAGGAAUAUGGUUCGCGGAACUGGUACAACAAAACCCGUGGUAUAAGGAUGUUGUACCUGACUUUCAAAACAUCCCUCGAGACAGGUUAGCCCCCGGAAUCGACGGUGCUCAGAAAUUUACAUCGGCAGCUGACGCUCACCAUUCCGGGCAAAAGGCCGACGUGGUAGUCAACUGCACCGGCCUCUCUUCCAAGAAGCUCGGUGGGGUCCUAGAUGAUGCGAUGUAUCCCGCGCGGGGCCAAAUCGUCGUGGUCCGUAAUGACCCAGGUCCGAUGUACACGGUAUCUGGGACCGAUGACGGAGAGGAUGAGGUGUUAUACAUCAUGACUCGUGCUGCGGGCGGCGGUACUAUACUGGGAGGAUCAUAUCAGAGAAACAACUGGGAUCCUUUGCCGGAUCACAACUUAGCAAAUCGAAUUAUGCAGCGGGCUGUUACGGCUUGCCCGCAGCUUGUCAAGGACGGGAAAGGAAUCGAAGGGCUGGAUAUCGUACGCCACGGCGUCGGUUUGCGACCUGUCCGUGAGGGAGGACCUCGUAUUGAGAAGGAGCAGAUCAAUGGAGUUAGAGUAGUCCAUAACUAUGGCCACGGCGGCUUCGGCUACCAAGCUUCUUUUGGCUGCGCUGAGGCUGCUGCAACACUAGUCAAGGAGGUCUUACAGGAGAUUCCUAAGGCCAAACUUUAA